ACGCCAUCAACCUCGAGUCUUGCUCUGCUUCGCAAGAGUCAUAGUCAGCAAGGAGGUGCGGGAGCAGCCGUGACUAGAGCCGAGAGCGAGAGCGAGAGUGAGAGUGAGAGCGAGAGCGAGAGCGAGAGCGAGAGCGAGAGCGAGGUGGCAGGCGGAGGUCUGAGCGGACGUAAUGGCGACGGCAGCUGGUCGCUCGAGCAACAGCCAAAGGUGGACACGUGGGACAGGAAGGAGCGAUCGGACAGGGGCUGGGGCUGGGGCUGGGACUGGGGCUGGGACUGGAGCUGGAGCUGGAGCUGGGGUUGGGGCUGGAGCUGGACGCGCACGGCAGCGGAGCCACUUUACCUCCACCGACCGAUCACAAUGGCAGCGCCAGCCGCGUAAGUGGUCCGAGUUCUCGUCGGCGGCCUCGUUUCUGUUCAAGGGCUUUACCCGUGGUGUUGCGCUUGAGUUUUGGACUCCACUGGGGCUGUGGUUGCGGCAUGGCGAGGCCGAUGGGAGUGAUGCAGGAGGUGGCGCCUCCGGUGAGGCGAGAGGAGCGGGCGGCUCGUCGGGCGGCAAGGGCGACGGACAGUGGGUGCUGGCGGGGCUGACCCGCUUCGCCUCGGCGUCACGCAGCGCAUCUGGAGUGAGCUACGCACUGGAUGGCUCGCGAAUCUACUACGACUCUUGGCUGCGAGUGAUGAACAAGGAGCUUGGACUCUACGCCAUGGCGCGGAUGGGCUCGGCCGCGACCGACGACGUCAAGAUGAGCGUGAAGCGGGUGGUGAGCGAGCCAUGGGGCGUGGCCGAGACGAGUGUUUCAGCGCAAGUGGUAUUUUACCUCCACCGGCGGCUCUCGUCCAAGGGCCACCGCAUCCGGCGAGUCUCGCGGCACUCGGUCAAAGUGGUGGCCGAGACCGCGGUGCCGUGGUUCCGGGACGGGGCGCACGGGACGGCGCUGGCGAUCCUCUCUCGGCGUGGGCCCGAGGUUGGCGCCGACAUUGUGUUGCCACUCUCGGCAGCGGCGUGCGUUGGCGCCUCGGUCGGUUACUCGCUGAGCAAGCGGGCGGUCAAGUGGGUCGACGUUAAGAUGGAGGUGAUGGACGACGACGCGGUGGUUACGCUCUACUCGCAGGCCAAGGGCUCGAAGAUUGGGGUGACGCUCGCACAGUGGCCCGGCCGCAACACGGUGCUGGCCAUCGAUAUGGCACUGGCCAACUCGCGGCUGCUGGCGCGGUACGCCAUGGCGUAUCGGGUCUCGCAGUCGUCGAUUGUGCGAGUCCGCCUCGACGGCGACUCACUCGCGCUCUCGCUGCUGUAUGGCUCGGGGGCGUUUUCGUUUGCUUGCGUCCUCACCUACGGCGGCGAGAACGGUAAUUUGGCACUCGGUCUUGGUCUCCAACUCGACGACAUGUGCUAGUGCACGGCAGUCUCAAGGGCGGCACGGAGGGCGGCACGGGCACUAGCGUGCGAGCUGUGGCCGGCCGGCGGGGCGAGCGAGUCCCACAGCGCACACUGGCGCUCUUCGUAGUUGUGGCCAAGUUGCGAGUUUGCGGCGAUAAAGUAGACUGGGCGCGAGGA